CAUUUUAUUUUGUGAUUUAUAAUUUUACAAAUACUUUCUUUUAUAUCUCUUUUAAAGUGCUAACGUAUAUCGUAAUGCCCCCCUUCCAGAAGCGUUUGUUCACUUAAAAAAACAACUAAAAAAGUAAGCACAAAAAACAGUCUUUUCAAAUCAUAAAGAAACACCAGAUUAACUGUCCAACCUUUAGAUUUGUUGUAUUUUUUGUCGUAACAUUUACUUGUCUGUCUGUGAUAUUAUUGGUUCGGGAUAGACGACAGGUUCUGUGCACAUGUGAUUUACCUCUGUCCCAUUUUUUUGGAUUUAGAAAUAUGAUAAAACAAUGUCUGACAUUUCACGUGAAGAAAUGCUUGUACAUCUACAACUGCAGUUGCAAGAAGUUGAGAUGUUAGAAGCUAUGUUUCCUGGUGAAAAGGAGAUAAUAUGGCACGAUCCAACGGUGUUGCUCGACGUGAAAGAAUUUAUAAGUUCAAAUGGUAAAUUACCCGCCACACUGCGGUAUAUCACUUUUGAUGUGAAUUUAGUUAUUACGUUCACAAAAGAUGAAAACAAUAUCGAAUGCAAAGUACAAACCUCAAUAACUUUACCAAGCUCAUAUCCUGUUGAGUGCCUUCGUGUGUCUGUUAUUUCCAAUGACUUGACCAGGAAUGAGCAAAGCUUACUUAACCAGGACUUACAUUCGUAUAUUUCAACACUCGAUCGCGGUGGAAUGAUGACUUUAGAUGUGAUAUCAUGGUUACAGGCUUCUGUGGACCAGUACUACAACACCUGUUCUCACACACAGACGAUUUCAGAAGCUCAUCAAAGUGUUGAAGAUGACCAACUCUCCUUGAUGUGGCUCUACAUGCACCAUAUAUACAACAAGGAAAAGAGAAAAAGUAUAAUUCAUUGGGCCGAUGAACUUUCUCUUACUGGUUUUUCUCUACCAGGAAAACCCGGGGUUGUUUAUAUAGAAGGUUUAACAAGAAAUGUGGAGACUUACUUUGAACGAUUGCGUAGGUUGAGUUGGAAGCGUAUGUCGUGUAAAUUAAAAGAAACUUGUAAAAAGAGGACUUUUUUAGAUUUUCAAGAACUUUGUUUUGAUGCACAUGGUGGACGAGAUUAUCAUAUGGACAUGGGUCAAUUUUUCUUGUUUUUGAAACAACACGAUUUAGGUUAUAUGUUCCAGGAAUUAUUUGGUGUAGAAGGCCACUGUUCAAAAUAAAUUGAUUCGUAA